CCUCCUCCUCCUCCUCCUCCUCCUCCUCCUCCUCCUCCUCCUCCUCCUCCUCCUCCUCCUCCUCCUCCUCCUCCUCCUCCUCCUCCUCCUCCUCCUCCUCCUCCUCCUCCUCCUCCUCCUCCUCCUCCUCCUCCUCCUCCUCCUCCUCCUCCUCCUCCUCCUCCUCCUCCUCCUCCUCCUCCUCCUCCUCCUCCUCCUCCUCCUCCUCCUCCUCCUCCUCCUCCUCCUCCUCCUCCUCCUCCUCCUCCUCCUCCUCCUCCUCCUCCUCCUCCUCCUCCUCCUCCUCCUCCUCCUCCUCCUCCUCCUCCUCCUCCUCCUCCUCCUCCUCCUCCUCCUCCUCCUCCUCCUCCUCCUCCUCCUCCUCCUCCUCCUCCUCCUCCUCCUCCUCCUCCUCCUCCUCCUCCUCCUCCUCCUCCUCCUCCUCCUCCUCCUCCUCCUCCUCCUCCUCCUCCUCCUCCUCCUCCUCCUCCUCCUCCUCCUCCUCCUCCUCCUCCUCCUCCUCCUCCUCCUCCUCCUCCUCCUCCUCCUCCUCCUCCUCCUCCUCCUCCUCCUCCUCCUCCUCCUCCUCCUCCUCCUCCUCCUCCUCCUCCUCCUCCUCCUCCUCCUCCUCCUCCUCCUCCUCCUCCUCCUCCUCCUCCUCCUCCUCCUCCUCCUCCUCCUCCUCCUCCUCCUCCUCCUCCUCCUCCUCCUCCUCCUCCUCCUCCUCCUCCUCCUCCUCCUCCUCCUCCUCCUCCUCCUCCUCCUCCUCCUCCUCCUCCUCCUCCUCCUCCUCCUCCUCCUCCUCCUCCUCCUCCUCCUCCUCCUCCUCCUCCUCCUCCUCCUCCUCCUCCUCCUCCUCCUCCUCCUCCUCCUCCUCCUCCUCCUCCUCCUCCUCCUCCUCCUCCUCCUCCUCCUCCUCCUCCUCCUCCUCCUCCUCCUCCUCCUCCUCCUCCUCCUCCUCCUCCUCCUCCUCCUCCUCCUCCUCCUCCUCCUCCUCCUCCUCCUCCUCCUCCUCCUCCUCCUCCUCCUCCUCCUCCUCCUCCUCCUCCUCCUCCUCCUCCUCCUCCUCCUCCUCCUCCUCCUCCUCCUCCUCCUCCUCCUCCUCCUCCUCCUCCUCCUCCUCCUCCUCCUCCUCCUCCUCCUCCUCCUCCUCCUCCUCCUCCUCCUCCUCCUCCUCCUCCUCCUCCUCCU